GAAAGCCCUUUCGCUGCAUUCUCGCAUUCGAGCGUUCGCACCCCCGUAGAGCACAUCAAAGGAGCUGCAGCCAUGUCGGUGAAGUUCUUUCUCGAAAAGAUGCGUAGGGUGGCCGAUGGGGUGGCUGCCUUCCCCCGCACCAAAGGCGCCGCCAAGACGGGCACCAAGGGCCGCAUUCAGCCACCGGCCGCCAAGAGCCAGGCCAAGAGCACCACGAGCACUGCGGAGAAGGGCGGCGCGUGCGCCAAGUUCCAGGACUGCCGCAUGAGGGGCAGAGCCCUGUGUGAGGUGUGUAGCGCCAAGAAGCAGGUGGGCGAGGUGGGAGGGACACAGUGGAGGGACUGGGGAGGGACGGGAGGGAGGCGUCCGAGGGGAGCGCCUUCAUGAUGCGUCCAGAUAAACAUGGCCAUGUGUGUGUGAUAUGUGUGUGCAGGAGAUGGUGCGCAAGGCCGCCAAGAUGCGCCAGGAGCUCGACUUCUACAUGCAGGGCACCCUCCUGUAUUCCCCAGCGAUGGACGAGCCCACGAUCGGCCGGACCCCCCACUUCAGCAAGUUCGCCAAGGCCCGCCCCAUCAGCCCGCCGGAGCCGCCCCACACCGCCAGCAGCACCAGCACCAACUGCCCCACGGUGCUGCAGAUGGCCUGCGACGCCGUGGCCAAGGUGUGGGCGAGCUGCAGCUGCACCACCCCCACACACAUCUGCUGAGGCGGCUGCCAGACAGACAGGGAGGGGGGGAGGGAGGGAGCCGUGUUCUUUUCUUUUUCAUGGUGGGCGGCUUCAUGUGAAGGGAGAGGGGAGCGUCUGUGUGUGGAGUGGAUUGUAUGCCAUUUGUGUGUGUGUCAGACCUGCCGAGUGCCAUCUGCCUGAGUGUCGGUGCAUUUGUGGCAUUUGUCUGGCUGCCCUGCUGUAGUGUGUCGGUGGCUGUCGUGCUGCAUAGUCGUCCUUGCACUGUCGUCUGUCGUCUGUAGUGUGUCGUCUGUCGUGUGUCGUCUGUGUGUCGUGUGUCUGGCUGCCUUGCGGAUGAUGUGGGUGUGUGUGGUUCCGUCAGUUCGUGGUGGUUCGUAGCGAGAGUCACCGAAUUGGAGGGGGAGAGAGGCCAGGGGCAGCUGUACCAUAUAGUACAAAAAAAAACAUAAAAGGGGGGGCUCGUGUCAAGCACGGCCUCUCGAAAAGCUUUGUGUGACCCUGUGUGUGGGGCUCGUGGGGGUGGGUUUUGUUUGCUGCCUGGCUGCCCGGCUGCCUUCCUGCACCGCUGGCCUCUCUCUCCUCCCGGCAUGGCGGGCCUGCCGCACAAGGCCGCCUGCCCUCUGCGUAGUUCGUGUGUGUGAACGAUUUGUCUGUCUGUGUUUUGAUGUGGUCUGGCUGGCGGGGCGUGGAUGUGCCCUGUGAGAGGGGCGUUAAGUGUUUCGUGCUUACAUACGUCUGGCCACCGCAAAAAAAGAUAAGCUGGGAGGGGCCAUGGCCGGCUGCCUGGCGAUGGCGCCCUUCGAAAACCUUUUUGUGAUGACUGCGUGAAUGUGUGGCCCUUU